CUUUUUGACAAUCCACCUGGGGCUGUAUUUUUGUGUUUUGUGUUUACCCUGUUGUUUCGUUCCAGCUGGUCAAUAGCUUGUCAAUAUGUCGAAGGCAAUUAGGUACUAUUAUGAUUUUCUAUCACAGCCUUCCCGGGCGGUGUGGAUUGCGAUGAAGUUGAGCAAAACGCCCUUCGAAGACUGCCCGGUAGCCUUGCGAAAACAGGAGCAACUGACCGACGAGUACCGGAGUAUCAACCGCUUCCAAAAGGUGCCGGCCAUCGUUGAUGGCAAACUUCAGCUGGGCGAGAGUGUCUCCAUAGUGCGCUAUCUCUCGGACAAAGGGGUUUUCAGCGAGCAGCUGUACCCGAAGACCCUGGAGGACCGUGCCCGCGUGGAUGAGUUCCUGGAGUGGCAGCACUUUAAUGUCCGCAUGGUGUGCUCCCUGUUUUUCCGCCAAGUCUGGCUGCUGCCUGCUAAAGGACUUGCACCCGCCCCAAAACCAGAGACUGUGAAAAAGCUAAUUAAGGACGUGGAGGGCAGCCUGGGCCUCUUGGAACGCAUCUGGCUGGAAAAGGACUUUUUGAUUGGCGAUAAACUCACUGUGGCAGAUAUUUUUGGAGCUUCGGAAGUCAAUCAAAUGAAGCUCUGCCAGUACAACGUAAAUGAGAAGCAGUUCCCGAAAGUGUCAAAGUGGCUGGAACGCGUGAGGGAGACCACUAACCCAUACCAUGAUGAGGCCCACGCUUUCCUGUACAAGGCUUCCAAGCAGGCGGCCAGUGCCAAGAUUUGAUUAAACAUAGCUCGCGUUGAUUGUUUGCAUUUAUAAAAAUUUUAAGACAUCACUGUAUUCACGUGACUGUGCCUUAUUAUAUGUUUCUUUUGUUCAAACUCGAA